GAGAAGAAACAAAAUUUAUCCAAAAACUGUCUGGUUCUAACAAAAAGUGUUGGUUUCUAAAGGUUUAAUCUUUUUCAUGAUCUACAGAGGAGACCCAGACAAGUGUGACAUAUGGGGGAACACGCCACUCCAUUUGGCAGCUGCUAACGGUCACCUCAACUGCCUUUUCUUCCUGGUGUCUUUUGGUGCCAACAUUUGGUGCCUGGACAAUGACUACCAUACCCCGCUGGACAUGGCUGCCACAAAAAACCACAUGGAUUGCGUCCGCUACCUGGAUUCCAUUGCUGCCAAGCAGACAAGUCUCAAUCCCAAGCUGGUCAGCAAGCUAAAGGACAGGGCGUUCCGUGAGGGCGAGCGGCGGAACAAAGAGUGCGUGAAGAUGCAGAAAAAGCACCGCAAACGGAUGGAGCGAAAGUUCCAUAAAGAAGCCACUGAAGAGUCUGUGUCGGAUGUCAUGAGCUUUUCCAGCUUUACUGGCAGCUCUGUUAGCCACAAGCUGCACAACUUCAACACUGUCAGUGUGCCAUACUCACAGGCAACUCUUCACGCCACAAACCGUGGAAAGACAAAGAUCCAGAAGAAGCUGGAGAAGAGAAAACAAGGAGAUGGCACUUUUAAAAUCUAUGAAGAUGGGAGGAAGAGUGUGCGCUCUCUUUCUGGACUGCAGCUGGGUAACGAUGUCAUGUUUGUCAAACAAGGGACCUAUGUCAACCCAAAAGAGCGUGGCCGCCGUAACGUUCGUGACAUGUUCCCCAGAGACAACGACGAUGCCAUUUCACGUGCCAUGAGCGAACCGGACCUUCACGGGCCAGACGUGGACUACUCCGAGAUCAGCACCGACUCGGGUCACGAUUCCCUGUUCAAUCGACCCGGUCUUGGCACCAUGGUUUUUAGGAGGAACUAUGUAACUGGGGGAAUGUUUGACCUCAAAGCUCGAGACAACAUCAGCUUGGCCACCUCAGGCAAUAAUGUGCAUCUACGCAGUCGGCUGCACCAUUACCCAAGUCUAGAUGAAGACAGUAUUGGGAGUGCCCACAGCCUGCAGGAGAGGAACAUGGAGGAGCUGCCUUGGGAAGAAGUAGAAAUAGGAUUGGAUGAUGAUGAUGAGCAUGACACAAGUCCGCUGGAGGUCUUCCUUGCCACACAGGGCAUGAGCGAGUUUUACUCCAUCUUCAAAAGAGAGAAAAUUGACCUUGAAGCUCUAUUGCUGUGCUCUGAUCAUGACCUCAAGAGUAUCCACAUCCCCUUAGGACCAAGGAAGAAGAUCUUAGAUGCCUGUAAUCGACGACUUGAGACCAUGGAGGAACCUGAUGGCAUGGAGGACACAGAAUUGUAAGAGAAGUUGCAGAUGGUCAUCCUGGUGUUCAUGCUGCACAAGAUUAGACCUGUGGAUUUAUUGCACAUCUCCCGGUAAAACUCUGCAGAAGUGACACUGUCCUGAUGAAUCAGUCAAGCAAACCAGAGGGAGGUGAUUUCUGGAAAUAGCWCGUUUUCGGUCUCCUGCUGACUCAGCAGGAAUGACACAUCGUUCUUUGGUGAACGAUUGGAAUUCUGCACUUUAGUUUCACAGACUCAAAUACAUGUACAUGUAAUAGACAGCAGCACUGUGCUGUAUCAGACAGAGGUUGUGGGGUUUGUGCCCCCAUCCCACUACAAUAUUUUCCCCUGUGAGGGGAGACCACUAUGUGCCAGCAUUGCUUGUGCCUGUGCAUUUGCUUAAAAGGGAUGUUUCUGUGUUAAUAAUAUAUUGACAAUGUAAUUUUCUCAUUAUAGCAUAAAUAAUAACAUUUUAAGCUGGAUUUGUAAUUUCUAAUUUUCAUCUCCAUAUAUGUUUACAUGCACUAAGUCAUGUUGAUGGAAAUGUGGCUAAUAGAGAAAGAAAGGCCAACUGCUCGUUGAGAUUUCUGCUAAUUUAUGUAGAAUGUUAGGAUUUAUAAGAGGCAGUAUUUUCGAAUAUAUGAGCAUUUAAAUAACACAACGUUAAGAUCGCGCUAGUUUGUACAUUAUACAUAACUAUACUUAUUACUCAAGUUAGUCUUCCAACCAUUGUGCCUCAGCUUUUUUUGAAAUAAUGUGCAUUAGAACAAAAGCUGAUAUUAAUGUUAACUAUAAGAACUUUUUUUAACAACAAAAAAAUGGAUUUCACUGU